CCCCCGGCUGUCGCCCCCGCACCCUGGCGGAGGCAGCGCCGGCCUCGGGCUGGGAUGGGCUGGCCGGGAAAAGGACUGCUAGCCCGGGCCGCGAGCCCCGUGCAGACCACGCCGCUCACAGUGGGAGCUUGCGCUUAGUAGGCUCUCGAUGCAUUUCUGUGGAAUUGUUUUUCUGGUUGGAGGAACGUGGGGUUCCUAAGGGGAAGGGGGUCGUCCGGGGCCAGUAGGAGGGCAUCCGUGAUCGGGGUCGUGGUGGGUCGCGGGGAGGCCACCGGAGACUGAAGCAGUUACGCAGGCUGCAGGGAAGGGAGCACCGACCAAGUCACUUGGGGCUCCAAGAGUCCGAUCUGGGGGUCUUCAAGGUCGAGGAGAAAAGAUCCUCUUGGGGAUGAGGGAGGGAACCAACGAGUACAGAUGUGGGAAAUGAAUUGAGUGCCCUGGGAGGUUUAACUAACAAGGUGGGUAAGGGAUGCGGAAGCGGGAGCUGGAAGACCCCUCUGGAACUACUUGGGCUCCUAAGAGUCUUUGAUGUGGGGUUUGGGCAUCCGAGUAGCAGAAGCGGAGUGAUUUUUGUGGAGAGGGAAUUGCAUUUAAAGAAGGAUGCUAAAAAACAGUUUUUAGGAUUUGUAAACCACUGCUCAAGGAAAUAAAAGAGGAUACAAACAAAUGGAAGAACAUUCCAUGCUCAUGGGUAGGAAGAAUCAAUAUCAUGAAAAUGGCCAUCCUUCCCAAGGUAAUUUACAGAUUCAAUGCCAUCCCCAUCAAGCUACCAAUGACUUUCUUCACAGAAUUGGAAAAAACUACUUUAAAGUUCAUAUGGAACCAAAAAAGAGCCCGCAUCGCCAAGUCAAUCCUAAGCCAAAAGAACAAAGCUGGAGGCAUCACGCUACCUGACUUCAAACUAUACUACAAGGCUACAGUAACCAAAACAGCAUGGUACUGGUACCAAAACAGAGAUAUAGAUCAAUGGAACAGAACAGAGCCGUCAGAAAUAAUGCCACAUAUCUACAAGUAUCUGAUCUUUGACAAACCUGACAAAAACAAGAAAUGGGGAAAGGAUUCCCUAUUUAAUAAAUGGUGCUGGGAAAACUGGCUAGCCAUAUGUAGAAAGCUGAAACUGGAUCCCUUCCUUACACCUUAUACAAAAAUCAAUUCAAGAUGGAUUAAAGACUUAAAUGUUAGACCUAAAACCAUAAAAACCCUAGAAGAAAACCUAGGCAUUACCAUUCAGGACAUAGGCAUGGGCAAGGACUUCAUGUCUAAAACACCAAAAGCAAUGGCAACAAAAGCCAAAAUUGACAAAUGGGAUCUAAUUAAACUCAAGAGCUUCUGCACAGCAAAAGAAACUACCAUCAGAGUGAACAGGCAACCUACAAAAUGGGAGAAAAUUUUCGCAACCUACUCAUCUGACAAAGGGCUAAUAUCCAGAAUCUACAAUGAACUCCAACAAAUUUACAAGAAAAAAACAAACAACCCCAACAAAAAGUGGGCAAAGGACAUGAACAGACACUUCUCAAAAGAAGACGUUUAUGCAGCUGAAAAACACAUGAAAAAAUGCUCACCAUCACUGGCCAUCAGAGAAAUGCAAAUCAAAACUACAAUGAGAUACCAUCUCACACCAGUUAGAAUGGCAAUCAUUAAAAAGUCAGGAAACAACAGGUGCUGGAGAGGAUGUGGAGAAAUAGGAACACUUUUACACUGUUGGUGGGACUGUAAACUAGUUCAACCCUUGUGGAAGUCAGUGUGGCGAUUCCUCAGGGAUCUAGAACUAGAAAUUCCAUUCGACCCAGCCAUCCCAUUACUGGGUAUAUACCCAAAGGACUAUAAAUCAUGCUGCUCUAAAGACACAUGCACACGUAUGUUUAUUGCGGCAUUAUUCACAAUAGCAAAGACUUGGAACCAACCCAAAUGUCCAACAAUGAUAGACUGGAUUAAGAAAAUGUGGCACAUAUACACCAUGGAAUACUAUGCAGCCAUAAAAAAUGAUGAGUUCAAGUCCUUUGUAGGGACAUGGAUGAAAUUGGAAAUCAUCAUUCUCAGUAAACUAUCGCAAGAACAAAAAACCAAACACCGCAUAUUCUCACUCAUAGGUGGGAAUUGAACAAUGAGAGCACAUGGACACAGGAAGGGGAACAUCACACUCUGGGGACUGUUGUGGGGUGGGGGGAGGGGGGAGGGAUAGCAUUGGGAGAUAUACCUAAUGCUAGAUGACGAGUUGGUGGGUGCAGCGCACCAGCAUGGCACAUGUAUACAUAUGUAACUUACCUGCACAUUGCGCACAUGUACCAUAAAACCUAAAGUAUAAUAAUAAUAAUAAUAAAAGAAAAAAAAAAAAAAAAGAAAAGCAAAAAAAAAAAAAAAAAGUUUUAGGAUUUGUAUACUAAUUGGAUACAACUUCUUUGUCACAUAAAUGUGUUAGAGAUUUUUCUCCCAGUCUGUGGCUUGACUGUUCACUGUCUUGGUGGCAUCUUUCGAUGAACAAAAGUUUUGAAUUUAGUGGUCUAUUUUAUCAAUAUUUCCUCUUAUGCUAGUGUUUUUCUGGGUCCUGUCUAAGAAUCUUUGUCACCCCCACAGUUGUGAAGAUAUUAUCCUGUGUUUUCUUCCAGAUGCUUUAUAGUGAUAAUUUUUGUGUAUUGAGGCUGAUUUAUUGGUUAAGAUUAGAUUUUUGCCCCCGUAUAGAUAGCUAAUCGUUCCAACACAGUAUACUUUCCUUUCCCCAUUAAUUGCUUUGGCACCUUGUUAAAGCUCAGUUAAUGGAGUAGGUGUGGAUCUGUCGCCAAACUCUAUUUUGUUCAUCUAUUUGUCUUUCUGCCACUAUGACACUGUCUUGAUUUACCACAGCAUUAAGUCUUGAAAUAAGGUAAUAGAACUUCUCCAGUUUAGUUCUUAUUUUUCAAGAUUGUUUAGACUUUUUUUUAGGUAUUGUACAUUUCCACAUAAAUUUUGUAAUCAGCUUAUCAAUAUCUACAAAAAAGCCUUUUGGAAUUUUUAUUAGGGUUGCAUUUGAAUCUAUGAAUUGGAGAGAAUUAACAUCUUAACAUGAACAUAAUAUAGCUCUAUUUAGAUCUUUUUUAGUGUAGAGAGAACUCUUUCACCAUUGUAUAUGUUAGCUAUACAUUUUUCAUAGAUGCCCUUUAUCAGAUUGAAGAAGUUCUCUUUGCUUAGAGCUUUUUUUUUUCCCCACAAGUGGAUGUUUAGCUUUUUUUUUUUUUUUUUUUGAGACACAGUCUAGCUCUGUUGCCGAGGCUGGAGUGCAGUGGCGCUAUCUUGGCUCACUGCAACCCCUGCCUCCUGGGUUCAAGCGAUUUUUCUGCCUCAGCCUCUUGAGUAGCUGAGACUAUAGGCGUGUGCCACCACGCCCAGAUAAUUUUUGUAUUUUUAGUAGAGACAGGGUUUCACCAUAUUGGCCAGGCUGGUCUUGAAUUCCUGACCUUGUGAUUCGCCUGCGUUGGCCUCCCCAAGUGCUGGGAUUACAGGCGUGAGCCACUGCGCCCAGCCUGUUCAGCUUUCUUAAAAAAUGAGUCUGCACUAUUGAGAUGCUUAUGUGAUAUUUCUUCUUUAUUCUAUUAAGAUGGUGAAUUACAUUGAUUGGUAUUUGAUUAUUAAACCAACCUUGCAUUCUUGAGAUAAACUCGGUUGAAAUGUAUUGUUGUUUUUUUGUUUUUGUUUUUGCUUUUUGUUUUGUUUCCUCUAGAUUCAAUGAGGGAUUAUUCUUGGUCUAUAGUUUUUUUUUUUGUUUUGGUAUCAGAGUUAUGCUGACUUUUUUUAUGAAUUAGGAGGUGUUUCCUCUUAUUUUGUGGAAGAGUUUGGGUAAAAUUCAUGUUCUUCCUUAAAUGUUUGAUGGAAUUUAUCAAUGAAGCCAUCUGGACCUGUAGUUUUCUUUGUGGAAAGUUCUUAAUUAAGGAAUUUAAUUUAUAAAAGAAUGAGUAUAGGCCCAGCAUGGUGGCUCAUGCCUGUAAUCCCAGCAUUUUGGGAGACUGAGGCAGGAGGAUCACUUGAGCCCAGAAGUUUGAGACCAGCUUGGGCAACACAGGCAGACCCCAUCUCUACCAAAAAUUUAAAAACUAGCCAGGUGUGGUGGCGCACACCUGUAGUUUCAGCUACUCAGGAGGUUGAGGCAGGAAGAUCCUUUGAGCCUGGGAGGUCAAGGCUGCAGUGAGCUGUGAUCAUGCCACUGCACUCCAGGGUGGGUGACAGAGUGAGUCUCUGGGUCUAAAACAAAUAUAAGACUACUCAGAUUUUCUUUUUCUUUUUUAUGUCUGUUUUGGUAAUUUGUGUUUUGGAGAAUCUGUUGAAUUUAUCAGCAUGAAAAUAAAUUAUAAAUUUUAUGAAACAGUAUUUCCUUUUUAUGUCAGUAGGAUCUAUUCCUUCUUUUACUCUUGAGAUUGGAUGCCUUUUCUCCUUUUUUCCCCUUGAUUAAUCUAACUUGAGAAAGGAAUAUCAAUUUCAUAAAUCCUUUCAAAGAACCAACUUUUGACAUUGCUUUUUCUCUGUGGUUUACCUGUUUUCUGUUUCAUGAUUUGAGCUCUUUAAUUCCUUCCCUUCUCCUUACUUUGGGUUUAAUUUGCUCUUUUUUCUCUAGUUUUAAGUGAAAGCUUAGAUCAUUGAUUUUCGAAACUCCUUUUAAAAAACAAUUAUUAACAUUUAAAGCUAUAAGUUUCCCUGUAAGCAUUCUUUAGCUGCAUCCCACAGAUAUUGAUAUGAUUUAAUUAUUAUUCCAUUCAAAAUAUUUUUAAAUUCCUCUUGUAAUUUAUUUGACCCAUGGGUUGUUUGAAACAGUGUUUCCAAAUAAUUUUCAAAUAUUUGGUGUUUUUCAGGUAUCCUUUUGUUACUGUGUUUUCAUUUAAUGCCAUGGUGAUCAGAGAACAUACAUACUCCUAAUAACUUCAACCAAUAUAAACUUUUUGAUUGUUUUAUGCCCCAACAUAUGGUAUGUCUUGGUGAACGUUCAAUGUAUACUUGAAAAGAAUGUUUAUUUUCCUGUUACUAGGUGGGGUGUUCUGUAGAUGCCAAUUAGGUUAGUCUGAUCUUCUUAUAUCUUACAUCUUUAUUGAUUUUCUGUCUAUGGUUCUGUCAACUAUUGUGAGAGGAGAGUUGAAGUUUCCAACUGCAGUUUUGGAUUUGUCUGUUUCUUCUUUCAGUUCUAUUAAGUUUUGUUUCCUAUUUCAAGCAUAGUUUACAGCACUGUUGAGUGCAUGCACAUUGGAGAUUAAAUGUUGUUGAUGAAUUGACUCUUCUGUCAUCAUCAAAUGGUCCUCUUUAUCCCAGGUAAUUUCCAUUGUUCUGAAGUCUCUGUCUGAUACAAACUUUUCUUUCGAUUAGUAUUUACAUGAUGUAUCUUUUUCAUCCUUUUACUUUUAACCUAUUUAUAUCAUUAUACUUAAAGUGGAUUUCUUGUAGGGAGUAUGUAGUUGGGUCUUGCUUUUUUUACCUAGUCUGAUAAUCUCUCCUUUAAUUGAUGUGUUUAGACCAGGGUUGGCAAACUGUGGCUGGCAGGUUAAAUCUGGCCUGCCACCUGUUUGUGUAAAUAAAAUUGUAUUGGAACACAGUCAUGCCCCCAUGCCAACCAGUGGUUUAGACUAUUUGCACUUAAUGUAAUUUUGAUAUAGUUGAAUGAAAAUGUGCCAUCUAUUUGUUUUCUGUUGGUUGAUGUUGUUUCUUUUUUCCUUGAUUUUCUACCUCUUUUUGGAUGGAUUAUUUUUUAUGAUUCUAUUUUAUCUUUCCUGUUGGUUUGUAACUUACAUCUCUUUCAAUUUUUUUUUUAUUAGCGGCCUUAAUUAGUUAAUCGUGAUUUGCCUUCAACUAAUAUUUUACCACUUAAUGUGUAGUUCAAGAAUCAUAAUAGUUACUUCCAUUUCUUUUUUUCCAUAUUUUGUGCUUUUGUUGUCAUGCAUUUUGAGUUGAAGUGUUCUUUUUGCUUUGUCAGGCAGUUACCUUUUCAAGCAAUUAAAAGUGACAAAAAUACUGUAAUCCCAGCACUUUGGGAGGCUGAGGUGGGCGGAUUGCUUGAACCCAGGAGUUCAAGACCAGCCUGAGCAACAUAGUAGGACACAGUAUCUAUAAAAAAUAACAAAAAUUAGCCAGACAUGGUGGCUUGUGCCUGUAAUUCCAGCUACUCUGGAAGCUUAGGUGGGAGGAUUGCUUGAGCCUGUGCUGUCGAGGCUGCAGUUAGCCUAGAUCAUGCCACUGUGCUUGAGCCUGGAUGACAGAGAGUAACACCCUGUCAAAAAAAAAAGAAAAAUAUCUUUAAUAUUUACCUUCAUUUAACCAUUUUUUUAGAUCUUUAUUUCUUUGUAUCCAUCCAAGUUUGUGUCUAGUAUAUUCCCUUUGCUUAAAAAACUUCCUGUUACAUUUCCUGUAGUUCAACAUUCCUCUCAUUUUGUUUUCAGUUUUGAAAGUUGUUGGUGUGGAUAUAGAAUUCUAGGUUUUUAGGAUCCCCCCCGCCCACCAUCUUAAAGAUGUUGUUCCGCUAUCUUCUUGUUUGUAUAGUUUCUGACAAGAAGUUUGUUGUAAUUCUUGUAUUUGUUUCUCUGUAUAUGUUUUUUUCCUUUGGCUGCUUUUAAGAUUUUGUUUGUAUCACUGACAGCAACUUUAUUAUGUUGAGCCUUUGUGUGGCUUUUUGGAAGUUUAUUGAGUUUCGUGGAUCUGUGGGUGUAUUGUAUUCAUCAUCACAUUUAUAAAAUUUUUAGCCAUCUAUCUUGAAGUUUUUUUUCUUCUCAGGUGUCUUUCUCCUACAGACUCUAAUCCCACAUAUGUUCAACCACUUAAUAUUAACUCGCAGUUUACUGAGGCCCUGUCCAUUUUUCUUCCAAUCUGUUUCUUUUUCCUUUAGUUUGGAAAUUUUCUGCUGCCCUGUCUUCAAGGUAACUGAUUUUUUUGUUAAUAGCUUCUUUGUCUAAUUUGCUGUUAUGCCUGUCCAGUCAGUUUUUCAUAUCAGACACCCCCCCCUUUUUUUUUUUUUUUUAAGUUCUAGAAGUCCUCUUACGUAUAUAUGGUUUCCCCUUCUCUAUGAGGUAUUUCCUUUUUUAUUCAUUGUGUUGAUGUUUUUCUUUAUGUCUUUAAACUCUUUUCUAAUAGCUGUUAUAAGGUCUUUUACUCAAAUGUCCUUUACUUACCCCAGCCAUUUCUUGGUCCUUAUUAUAGUUUAUUAUUUAUUUUUCAUAAGCCUGGUAAUUUUUAAUGGAUUUCAUGAUGUUGAAUGUCUUCUUUUUUUUUUUUUUUUUUUUUUUGCAUAUAGUGUUUCUUGAUUGUUGAGUUUUGUCCUGGCAGGCAGUUUAUUUAUGGAUUGACUUUUAAACAUUUUUAUUUAAUUAACUAAUAAAUUUAAUUAAUUAAGACAGGGUCUCACUUUUUCACCCCGGCUGGAGUGCAGUGGUGCAAACAUGGCUCACUGCAGCCUUGAAUUCCGGGCUCAAGAUAUCCUCCUGCUUUAGCUUGCUGUGUAGCUGGAACCAUAGGUGCACACCACCACACCCAGCUAAUAUUUUGACUUUUUUGUGCAGAUAGGGCCUCUCUAUGUUGCUCAGGCUAGUCUUGAACUUCUAUCAAGCAGUCCUUCUGCCCCAGCCUCCCCAAAUGCUGGGAUUACAGGCAUGAGCUACUGUGCUUGGCCAAUUUUAUGGAUCAACUUGAACUUUCAAGUUUGGUCUUCAGGGUUUUUUGUUUGGGGAAUUUUUGUUUGUUUCUGGACAGAUACGGAAUAGCUUUAGUUUAGGGCCUGUUUGGGCCCACCACUGAGGUGUGCACUUUUUUGUAUCUCCUUUAAUUUCCCCAUGUAUUCAUCAAGGUUUAUUCAUCCCAGCUGGUUAUUGAUCCUGGCCCUGUGUGAACUCUAAAUCGUUGGAGAGUGUCCCAGUAUUUGUUAUUUUCUUGGACGUUUUUCUUUGUGCAGCCUCAUGGAGUUACAUACCACAUGUAUGCAGAUUGGUAUUUGGCCAGAAACUCAAGAAGACCCCUUUUGCAUGUUUUUGGAGCAGUUUCUCUGUGUAACUUCUUCCUUUGUGGUUCGAUGCCCUGCAAAUUCUAGCUGUCUCAGACUUUACAAAUUCUGAGCUCUGUCACAUCAACUUAGUGAGACUACUGACUCUAUUUGGCUUCCUCUCCGUCUGUUUUGGUUCUAGGCAGAAAGCUGGAGCAAUCAUAGGGCUCCCCUUGCUUGUUUUCCUUCUUUAGGGGAUCAUGUUUUCAUAUUGCCUCUUCUCGUGUGAAAACUAUUGUUUGAUAUUUUGUCUAGUUUUCUACUUGUUUGUAACUGCAGGACAAUUCUGGACUUUGCUUCUGGCUCAUGACUAGAAGUCAGAAAUCUUCUGCCUUCAUUUUUUAAGGAUAUUCAUGCCAGAUAUAGAAUUUCGGAUUAACAGUUUUUUUUUUCUUUCAACAUUUUAAGGUCAUCAUUUCAUAAUCUUCCAGUUUAUAUUAUUUCUGAUGAGAAGUCAGUGGUAUUUCUUAUAAUUGCUCACUUAAUGUGGUAUGUAUUUUUUUCUCAUCCCAGUCCUCUAAAGAUUUCUCUUUUUAUCUUUGGUUUUAUGCAAUUUUGUAAAUUUUAGGGUUAGGUUACCUCUAAUAUAGAGGCAUGCCUUUUCAGAGUCUGUGUUGAAAGCAUGGGGUAUUCAACAAGGUCUUUUUACUCUAGCUUAGCUGUUAGGAAUUUUAAUGUCUCCGGGACCUGUGCCUACAAGCUUAGGUAGUUGUUUGGUUCAUACUGUUUAGUUGCUCUUUCCCUAGAUGUUAUUCUUUCACUGGUCUGAUGGAGUAUUACCUGCACAUAUGCAGCUUAGUCUCUAGGCAAAGAUUCAGGAGAUCUCUCUAAAGAUUUCUGAAACUUUGUCUCCACAGCUCCCUUCUUCUAGUUUUGCUGCUCAAAUUCCAGCAACCUCAGUAGCCUCAAACUUCAAGCUCUAUUUCCUCAACUCAGUGAGAUUCUUGUGUUUUUGUGUGUGUGUGUGUGUUUCCCCUGUAUGGGGUAUAAGCAGAAAGCCAGGGCAUUUGUGAGUCUUUGUUUCUCUUUUCUCAGGAAUCACAAUCCUGUGCUGCCUAUUGUCCAAUAUCUGAAAAUAAUAUUUCAUGUAUAUUGCCGAGUUUUAUAGUUGUUUACAGAAGAUCUAGCCCAGUACAGUUUACUCCAUCAUAAUUGAAAGUGGAAGUUUAGGAGUUUACUUUUUCUUCUUUUUAAAAAUUCUUUACAGUUUUUGGUAUAUUAUACUUUUUAGACUAUGGCUUUAUUUUUAAAAAUCAUGUCAGCUCAUAUUUUAAUUUUCAAGUGAUACAGAGAGUUACAGAAGAAAUUUUUUAAAAAAGGAAAAAUAACUCAGUAUCCCCAAACCCAAAGUUUGCCAGUUAUAUGAACAUCAUUUUGGGCAUCUUUUAUUGCACAUCUACUCAUAGAAGGAUAAUUAUUUUAUUUUUAAAAUGCCAUUCAUACUAUUUCUGAUAUAAGGCAUUUAAGUUUAAUUAACAGAGCUAAAUUUGUUAAAUAAAAGCAAUAUGGGAAAAACUGCUCAACCACAGAUAAAUAUUUACUACCAGAGAUAAUACUUUCUAAAAGAUUUUUCUCUAGGCUAAAGAAAUAAGAUUACAGAAAAAGCCAAAGAGCUUAGAGUUAUGAUAUCAAUAAUUGUGUGCUCCAAUAGGUCUCUCACAUAGAAAAGAAUAAAGUAUUGGCAAAUAUCUUGCUGGUAGGAACAUACAGUGAUACAGCUUUCUAAAUGGCACUUUGGCAAUAUUCAGAAUCCUUAAAAUGUUCAUACCCUUUGCCCAAGUUUAAUUUUUAGGAAUUUAUUAUAAGGAAAUAAGAGAUGCACACAAAUGUGUAUGUUACUUAUUCAUUACAAUGGUAUUUAUAAUGUUGAAAAAUUAGAAGCCUCAAAUGAUUAGGUUAUGCUAUAGUUGUGUAACCAAAUACCAUAAAACUAUUACAAAUCAUGUUCUUUAAAAUUUUUAUUUAGUGUACUGUACUGCUUAUAAUAAAAAUAACUGACAGGAGAUGAAAAAUUAAGAGCUUUUGGAUUUUGAGGGUUAUAAGAAACUGUUCACAAUAUAGUGAAUGAUAAAAGCAGGAUGAUACAUGUCCAAUCCUUUUUUCCAUUUUUGCAGGUACUUUAGCUUGAGCUUUAUUGAGCUUUAUAAUUAGAUUUAAUGAAAGGAACACUUAUUCUUACACUGUACAUGUAAUAUGUAUCCUAAACUUUUUCGAAACUAAGGCAGUCUCUCAUGUUUCGUAGUUUAAAAUUAUGAGUUUCUAUCAAACAGUUCUUUAUGCACUUGAAUAAAUUUAAUAUUACUAUCUUUCCUUUUUUCUUUUUUCUAGAGCUGGUUUUAAAGAAGUUUUGGUCUUGCUUUCUCAGCCAGUGUUCCUGCCCACUUCCUUGCAGGUGUGGAUGUCCUUAUGUUAAAGAAAGAAUGGACGUCAUAGUCUUCGUUUUCUCAGUAAAAUAUUAUGUUUGACGUCUGUAUCCCUGGCAUCUUAAGCAUAUGGACCUGGUGCUCUUUAGGAACUCACUGUAGUGACUCAGCUCCACAUAUUUUGCUAUAUAGAGAACAUGUUGGAAAUUCAUAGCAGAAAAUUAACAAUUAAAAGUCAAAGCAUUGUUGUGGUGAAUGAACAAAGAAAUAGGUGCGUCCUUCAGGGAAGUAUCAUUCAUGCCAGACCUCAAAGAAGAAUGACCUUAACCUAAGUGGUCUAGAGUCUAUUCCUCGGCAGUCGCAGAUCCAGAAACUCAGUUUGGUCAGGGAACUGAUUCUAUUCUAAGCAGAUUUAUGGAAAACUGAUAAAGAAA